AUGCCACCUCCUUUUCCGGGGAGGCUCGCAAAGGAUAAGAAAAAGAAUGAGGAAAAAGAAAUCCUCGAAACAGUCAGGAAGGUGAAGGUAAAUAUCCCUUUGCUCGACGCUAUCAAACAAAUCCCUCGUUAUGCAAAAUUCCUCAAGGAAUUGUGUACUAGCAAUAGGAGGUUAAUAGGUAAUGUAGGCAUUAAGAAAGCCAUGUGUGAUUUAGGGGCUUCCGUUAAUGUUAUGCCUUAUUCUAUUUAUAAGUUGAUUAACGCGGGUCCUUUGAAAAAGACAGGAGUAAUAAUCCAGUUGGCGGACAAGUCAGUCAUCUAUCUUGAAGGGUUGCUUGAAGACGUCCUUGUUAAAGUUAACGAAUUAGUUUUCCCUGCAGAUUUCUACAUUAUUAAUAUGGAGGACGAUAACUCAACUAAUUCAUCUGACAUUUUUCUUGGAAGGCCUUUCCUAAGUACCGCAAGCGCAAAAAUUGAUGUUCAGAGCGGAACACUGACAAUGGAGUUUGAUGGUGAAAUCGUGAAAUUCAACAUCUACGAAGCUAUGAGUCAUCCUAACUCACUGUCAAAUAUUUCUAGUAUCGAUAUUAUAGAUUGUUUAACUCAAUCUUAUUUCGAAUAUUAUGACUUUGAUGAGUUGGAAACUAUCCUUUAUAGAAGCAUUAACAUGGAUGUUUUAAGUCGUCUCGAGGAAUUAUUAAUUAUAGGAGAUCCGUUGUGA